UGAUGAGUGUACGUCGACGUGUCAGCUAAGGAAGUGGUUGGCUGUAGCCUUCCAGCAAGCGAAAUCUAACAAGAAAGGACCUGGCGUAGCACUCUUAAGACGCAAAUAGUAGAUGAAACAUUGUUAAAUCUUAACUCUUUUUUUAAUAAAUUAUUUUCUCAAAUCAUCGUUGGUGGAAGUGUAACAACGUCUUUUAAGAUGUUAACCAAAUUUGAGACGAAAUCGGCUCGUGUUAAAGGGCUCAGUUUCCACCCAAAGAGACCAUGGAUUCUUGCCAGCUUGCACAACGGAGUCAUUCAACUGUGGGAUUACCGCAUGUGCACCUUGAUUGACAAAUUCGACGAGCAUGACGGCCCGGUCAGGGGAAUUGACUUUCACAAGCAGCAGCCCUUGUUUGUGUCUGGCGGCGAUGACUACAAAAUCAAGGUAUGGAACUACAAGUUAAGGCGAUGCCUGUUCACACUGCUCGGACACCUCGAUUACAUCCGGACUACCUUUUUCCAUCAUGAGUAUCCCUGGAUUUUGAGUGCGUCAGAUGACCAAACCAUCCGCAUCUGGAACUGGCAGUCUCGUACUUGUGUCUGUGUCCUGACGGGCCACAAUCACUAUGUGAUGUGUGCUCAGUUCCACCCCUCAGAGGACCUGGUGGUGUCUGCUAGCCUGGAUCAGACUGUGCGCGUGUGGGAUAUCUCUGGUUUGAGGAAGAAGAACCUCUCGCCCGGCGCCGUGGAGACAGAAAUCCGAGGCCUCACAGGGGUGGAUUUGUUUGGGGCGUCGGAUGCCGUAGUAAAACACGUUCUCGAGGGUCAUGACCGCGGGGUCAACUGGGCCGCCUUCCAUCCCAGCAUGCCUCUCAUUGUCUCAGGAGCAGACGAUCGUCAGGUCAAGAUCUGGAGGAUGAAUGAGUCCAAGGCAUGGGAGUUAGACACCUGCAGAGGACAUUACAACAACGUGUCCUGCGCUGUCUUCCACCCCCGCCAGGAGCUCAUCCUGUCCAACUCGGAGGACAAGAGCAUCCGCGUGUGGGACAUGUCCAAGAGGACUGGGGUGCAGACCUUCCGCAGGGACCAUGACCGCUUCUGGGUGCUGGGAGCUCACCCUAACCUCAACCUCUUUGCCGCAGGCCAUGACAGUGGGAUGCUGGUGUUCAAGCUGGAGAGGGAGAGGCCAGCUUACUCUGUGUACGGCAACAUGCUGUACUAUGUGAAGGACCGCUUUCUGCGCCAGCUGGACUUCAACAGUAGCAAGGACACCGCUGUCAUGCAGCUGCGCAGUGGCUCCAAGUUCCCCGUGUUCAGCAUGUCUUACAACCCAGCUGAGAAUGCCGUCCUGCUGUGCACUAGAGCGACGAAUCUGGAGAACAGCACCUAUGAUCUCUACUCCAUCCCACGUGAAAGUGACUCCCAAAACCCUGAUGCUCCUGAAGGCAAGCGUUCCUCUGGUCUUACGGCUGUCUGGGUGGCCAGGAACAGGUUUGCCGUUCUGGACCGCAUGCACUCUCUGCUGAUCAAGAACCUGAAGAAUGAGAUUGUGAAGAAGGUGCAGGUCCCGAGCUGUGAGGAGAUCUUCUACGCUGGGACUGGCUCCCUGCUGCUGCGCGACGCCGACGGAGUCACGCUGUUUGACGUGCAGCAGAAGCGCUCGCUCGCCACCGUCAAGAUCGCCAAGGUCAAGUACGUGGUGUGGAGUGCCGAUACCAGCCACGUGGCCCUGCUGGCCAAACACGCCAUCAUGAUCUGCAACAGGAAGCUGGAGAGCCUGUGCAACAUCCAUGAGAACAUCCGCGUGAAGAGCGGCGCCUGGGACGAGAGUGGGGUCUUCAUCUACACCACCUCCAACCACAUCAAAUACGCCCUCACCUCAGGUGAUCACGGCAUCAUCCGCACGCUGGACCUGCCCAUCUAUGUGACGCGUGUGCGGGGGAACAGUGUGUACUGCUUGGACCGUGAGUGCCGCCCUCGUGUGCUCAACAUUGACCCCACCGAGUAUCGCUUCAAACUGGCCCUGGUCAGCCGCAAAUACGAGGAGGUGUUGCACAUGGUGCGCAAUGCCAAGCUGGUUGGCCAGUCUAUCAUCGCAUACCUGCAGAAGAAGGGAUAUCCGGAGGUGGCGCUGCACUUUGUGAAGGAUGAGAAGACCCGCUUCAGCCUGGCUCUGGAAUGUGGCAACAUUGAGGUGGCGCUGGAGGCUGCAAAGGCCCUGGAUGACCGCAGCUGCUGGGAACGCCUGGGAGAGGCCGCACUGCUGCAGGGUCACCACCAGGUGGUGGAGAUGUGCUACCAGAGGACCAAGAACUUUGACAAGCUGACCUUCCUCUACCUAAUCACCGGCAACUUGGCCAAGCUCCGCAAGAUGAUGAAGAUCGCUGAGAUCAGGAAAGACAUGAGUGGACACUACCAAGGAGCCUUGUAUCUGGGCGACGUCAGUGAGCGAGUGCGCAUCCUGAAGAACUGUGGACAGAAGUCUCUGGCCUAUCUGACCGCUGCCACCCACGGCCUGGACGAGGAGGCUGAGGCCCUGAAGGAGACCUUUGACCCCGAGAAGGAGAUGAUUCCUGAGGUGGACUCCAAUGCCCAGCUGUUGCAGCCCCCACCUCCCAUCAACCCCCUGGACACCAACUGGCCCCUGCUCACCGUCUCCAAGGGCUUCUUUGAGGGGGCCAUUGCUGCCAAAGGUAAAGCCGGUCAGAUGGCUGCAGAAAUGGAUAUGGAAGCUCCAGGAGGAGAAGGGUGGGGAGAGGAUGCUGAACUGCACAUGGAUGAAGAUGGCUUUGCUGAUGCCCAGGAUGUGUUGGGUGAUGAGGCCGGCGUGGGGAAAGGAGAGGGAGGCGGCUGGGAGGUGGAAGAGGAUCUGGACCUGCCCCCAGAGCUGGAGCUGCCUGCUGGAGCUGGAGGCGGAGCUGAAGAUGGCUUCUUUGUGCCGCCCACCAAGGGCAUGAGCCCCACCCAGAUGUGGUGCAACAACUCCCAGCUGGUCGUGGACCACCUUCUGGCCGGAUCCUUCGAGACUGCCAUGAGGCUCCUGCAUGACCAGGUGGGCGUGGUGUGCUUCGAGCCCUACAAGCAGCUGUUCAUGCAGACGCUGUCACGCGGACGCACCGCCUACCUGGGACUGCCCUCUCUGCCCUGCCUGCGCGGCCACCCACUGCGCAACUGGAAGGACGGCGGUGCCAAGGGUGGCCUGCCGGCCGUAGGCCUGCGUCUGGCCGACCUCAUCGCCCGCCUGCAGCAGUGCUACCAGCUGACCACGGCCGGACGCUUCGAGGAGGCCGUUGAGCGCUUCCGUGUCAUCCUACUUUCCGUGCCGUUGCUGGUGGUGGACAACAAGCAGGAGAUUGCUGAGGCUCAGCAGCUCAUCACCAUCUGCAGAGAGUACAUUGUUGGGCUCACCAUGGAAACAGAAAGGAAGAAGCUGCCAAAAGACACCCUUGACCAACAGAAGCGGCUGUGUGAGAUGGCGGCGUACUUCACACAUUGUAACCUGCAGCCCGUUCACAUGGUGCUAGUGCUUCGUACAGCUCUCAACCUCUUCUUCAAGCUACGCAACUUCAAGACUGCAGCGGGCUUUGCACGGCGCCUGCUCGAACUCGGUCCUAAACCCGAGGUGGCACAACAGACCAGAAAGAUUUUGGCGGCCUGUGAGAAGACUCUGACAGACACCCACCAGCUGAACUACGACCCCCACAAUCCCUUUGACCUGUGCGCCGCCUCGUACACGCCACUCUACCGUGGCCGGCCGGUGGAAAAGUGCCCCCUGUCUGGAGCCUGUUACUGCCCCACAUACAAGGGUCAGGUCUGCAGGGUCACACAGGCAACGGAGAUUGGAAAGGAUGUGAUUGGUCUGCGUGUGAGCCCUCUGCAGUUCCGCUAGAGGAAUGAGAAGGGAAGGCAGCAGGUCCCUCUGACGGUGUGCGUGCCCAGGCUCGUAGCUGAUGGAGGUCACGAAAACGUAGUGUGAUUGGUCGUGGGAUGUACGUAAACUGGCACAUUUGAUUAUGUCAGAAAAUGUAAUGCCUUGUUUGUCCCUUCUGGCUUCCCUUCCUUCUCCUUGUCUAUCCCGGUUUCCACACCCCUCUACAUUUACCAGAAGUGGCUCUAUUGAGCUCUAGUCCUACAGUAGAGAUGGGACCUCCAUUUGUACAUUAUCAAAUACACAUAACCCUUCUUCCUGUCUAUACAAAUCCUGGCUAACCAUCUGUUUGUAUGCCUGACACCCAUGUAUUUAUCAAAUGUGUUUAGAAAGCUGUUCUGGACACAAGGAAUCUUAACCUUUACACGUAGAUUUAAUGCUCCAAGUGAAAUGUUAAGUAAUGUGUCAUGGCUAUUGGUAUGCAUUCCACAAUGAUUGCACACGUAAAUCAUUUAAAUUCUUUUGGCUUCUUGAUUGCAAUGGCCUAGAUGAAAAAUGUGGAAAAUAUGGAAAUGUAUCAAAUAUAUUAUUUUGCAAUUCUUCCUUCUGCAAACACUGAAAUAAAUGCUUGGCCUUUCA